UAAUUCUUCGGUUAAACACCAUCGUAUGUCGUCUGUCCUAACCAUCGUUCUUGUGAUUUCUAAUUACGCAGUCAAACCAAACUAGCGCAAUUUUUGUUGCCAUCUGAUUUUUGACCUUCAAUGAGUCAGAAUUCCCUUGGUGGCCCCCGAUCAUAUGAAGGAACUUGGGAGAAGCUGUCGCAGGUUGCUGUCAAGGGUGCAGAGUAUGACUCUCGUGAACGCCAGCCCCAUCCGAAGUGUUUGCAAGGGACUCGAGUUACCCUUCUUGAUCAAAUCCACAGAUUACUAGACAGCCGAGAGCAGAAUCAGCUCAUUUGGCUGCAUGGCAUGGCAGGCGUUGGAAAGUCGGCUAUCGCAUUCAGUAUAGCUGAAAGGAUGAGAGCGCUGCGAGUGCAAGAGCAAGUGACCAGUGAAAAGCGGCUCCUAGGAUCAUUCUUUUUCUCCCGCAAGCAUGGGAAGCGCUGCACAACGGGUUACUUUUUCGCGACACUCGCCUAUCAGCUUGCAAUCAAUUUUCCUAAUAUUCGGGAGGAUGUGAACAAAGCUAUCCGCGACAAUCCUGCGCUUCUUGACCCUGACAAGUCUCUUCGUGACCAGAUGGAAGAGCUUUUUCUUCAACCUCUCCGGAGGCUACGUUACAGAUUGUGCCAGUGUUCGCCUUCGGUGUUUGUUGUUGACGCCCUUGAUGAAUGCAUUGCGACUGAGGUUGCCGACCUUAUCUCCCUGCUCGGCCAAGCUCUUCGUGAACCUGGUCUGCCAGUCAUCCACAUUCUGUUCACGAGUCGCUCGGAAGAGCACAUCCAUAAAGCCAUCCAGAAUGAAGACGUGCACGUGCUGGUCUGCGAGAUACCAGUGAACACUUCUGGAACUGGUGUGGCUGCCACCAUCUCGGUGGGCGAUGCGAAUGUUGACAAUGACAUCCAUAUCUACCUGGAACAUUCCUUCAGGCAGCUGCAAGGUCGCCAUCCCGAUUUCCCGCAGCCGCCAAGGCAUCAACUUGCGCGGUUGGCAAGCCGAGCGGGUAGACGUUUCAUCGUGGCCUAUACGAUGAUGAAAUUCAUCAAUGAUGAAGAUUAUGAUCCCCGCGACCGACUGCAGCUUAUGCUCGAGCUGACGAGUGACCUGCUGCCAGGAACGGAGGUAUACAAGUUAUAUGACCAGAUCCUCUCCACAUGUGCUGACCCCAAGCGGGCAUACAUACAUUUAUCUAUUGUCGCUACCCUUGUGGAUCCUCUGCCAAUUUCACAGAUCUCGAAACUUCUUGGCCCUACUCAGGGGAGGGAUGUCGAAACAACAUUAGCACAGCUACGAUCUGUUAUGGAUAUUCCGACUGACAGCAACCUCCCCAUAAAUAUACACCACUCGUCCAUCCGUGACUAUGUUUCAGAUCCCUCAAACUGCAGCCUUCCUCAAGUGCAACCCAUCAGCCCACCCCAUACCCUGCUCGCUCAUUCCUCUUUCCGCUUGAUGAUGCAAGAUAUUCCAGAAAGCAAUGCCCUGCUCGAUGCACUCUCGGGAUUGAAGAGGCACAGCCGAGCGAUGUCAUCUGAUGACCCACGCAGCUUAAAAAACUCGCUAGCCUUCAUCGUCGAACCGCCGGAGCCACUGCACAUUCUCAGUGGUAUGUUAUGGCUUCGGGGAUAUCGCAGUUCAGACCUACAGCCCUGGCUCGAGACCCUGGAUGGACGGGCCUGGCUGCAAACUCAAGGAGGGAGAGACUGGCUGCACACCCAUGGCAGGGAAGGCUGGUUGUAUACCCAAGGUGGGCGAGACUGGCUGCAUACCCCGAAUGGGCGGGAGUGGCUGCAGACUGUUAGUGGACGAGAUUGGUUACGGAGCCCGGGUGGGCGAGAUUGGCUAAAUGCCAGUGCCGGUCGAGAAUGGCUGCAGACCCGAAGCGGGCGAGACUGGCUGCAGACCAGGAGUGGACGAGAUUGGAUCAAGACUAGGAGCGGGCGAUGCUGGUUGCAGACUCAGGGUGGGCGAGACUGGCUGCAGACCCCUCGUGUGCGAAGCUGGCUGCAGACAAGGGACGGGCGGGACUGGUUGACAGGGAGUGGACAAAAUUGGCUGCAAACAAGAAGUGGGAGGGGCUGGUUGCAGACAAGAGGCGGGUGUGCCUGGUUGCAGACUCAGAGUGGGCGCGAAUGGCUACAAAAGCAAGGCGGACGAGACUGGCUCCAGACCCAGAAUGGCCGAAAUUGGCUCCGGACCAGCAGCGGUCAAGACUGGCUGCUGGCACCGACUCGCCCAGACUGGCUGCAAACCCAUAGUGGGCGACAUUGGCUGCAAACUCAAAGUGGACGACACUGGCUGCAGACUUCACGCGGCGCAAGCUGGCUACAGUCACGCGGUGGACAAGAUUGGCUGCGGACUGAAGGGGGAGGGGACUGGCUGCAGAUGAGGGGAGGCCAGGACUGGUUGCAGACAAGGAAUGGAUGUGACUGGCUGCAGGCAAGGGGUGGAAGAUGCUGGCUGCAGAGCAGGAAAGGGCGAUAUUGGCUCCCGACAGAGGCUGGGCAAAACUGGCUGCACAUUCAAGCUGGGAGAGACUGGCUUCAGACUAGUAGUGGGCGAGACUGGCUGCAGACACUCGAUGGUCAAGCAUGGCGGUCGACUCCUGCAGCAUCUGUCUGGGUAGCGAUGGAAGAGUUCUCGAGCAUGUUCAAAGCAAUAAGCGAUUACAUUAUCGACCCGGAGAUGCCUUUGCUGCCAGCAUUUCAAGUCAUCCAGCAUUUCAAGAACUUGCCAGAUUUUUUGAUGUUUCCAGCGUUUCUCGCGCUGAGACAACAAAACUGCUCCACAUCUGCAGCUCAUUUUACACCAGACGUAGAGAUCAUCCAUGCUAUGAUGGCAUUUGCCAGUUUCGCAGACGAAGCACGGGGAAGAAGUCGGUUAGCUUCCAAUGCUCUCAAGUACGCAUGUCAAAACUGGGCUUUCCAUCUCUCACAGGCACCUCAUCCAUGGGACAACAUGCUCAACCAUCUGUUCAAGUCUUUCUGGAAUCGUCAUCUCCUGUCCUGGCUCGAAAGGCAGUGGUGCUUGACGGAUCUACCGUCUUACCUCGUUGUUUUGUCCGAAGGGCAGAGACUUGCAAAGGAACAUCUCCUCCAAACUCCAGGGUCAUCUCAUCCACGAGCCUAAAGCUGUCGAUUCGAUCACGGUCUCUUGCCAUCGCCUAUACUUGAUAUCUCUGUUCCUGAAGUUAUUAUAGCAUUUAUACACAUAGGUAUUUAAUCCUCUGGUUCCAGCGCAAGUAUUCAGCGAUUACGGAUUAACGACUAAACAAAAUGAUGAUGUUGCUUUCAUCAUUUCCUCCAACUUGAGAGGAGCAGCAUGCCAGGACGAGCAGCUCGAAGUCAUUCUUGCAACUGAACCACCGUAAGACGUCAUGUAAGAUCAGAUACGCGUACCCCGCACGCAAAGGUUGUCAAAUAGAUGCUUGAUGAUCAUGCAGUCUUCCCGGUUGACUUGAUAUGAUGCGGCGAGGUCCUGACGUAUGCAUGACGAACAGCUC